AUGACAACUCGAACAGGCUCACCUCACUUGACAUCCACAGCAACGAAAAGUAAAAACAAGACAAUUACUUGUGGAGCUUGUGGAGGUGACUUAGAACCUGAUCAUCCUGGUAUACAAUGUUUGCAAGGACAUCAUUAUUGCACCGAGUGUUCAACUCAUAUCGUUCGGUUGGUUUUUUCUGAGCCAGAAAACUACAUACCAUUGCGUUGUCUCGAAUGCCAUAUUGAAUUGAUAUCCAGUGUAUUCGAACGACAACUAACACCAGAUCAAGUUGAAAUUUAUAAUUGUCUUAUGUUGAGAUUAGCUUUUGCAAAAAACUUUCUUGGCGAAGAUGAACGUCUGGAUGAUUGUCCAUUUUGUACAAAUGCGAUUAUACGAAAUAUUAAUGCUUCAUAUAUAUUCUAUUGUGAUCAUCCAGAGUGUGGUAAAGUAUCCUGUUUAAUAUGUCGAAAAGCUUGUCCAAAAAUUGAAGAUGACUAUGCUACGGAUGAAGAAAUCGCUGAAAUGGAAAAACAUUUUAAAUGUGCUGAAUUAGCUGACGAUAAACAUGAACUUGAUCGAUAUGUUGAAUUAGGUCAAAAAAUGCCUUGUCCAACUUGUGGUUUAGCUGGUAUGAAAGAUGGUGCUUGUACACAUAUGACUUGUCCGAAAUGUUCACAAUUGUGGUGCUAUUUUUGUGGUAAAAAAGUGGAAGAUUGUGAAAGAGCACGAGACAGUAACAAUGGAAUUUUCGAUCAUAAUCAU